AUGCUGUCGCACACGCAGCUCAGCACCGGCCGCGGCCUCAGCACGGAAGCCGCGCGGUCCCGAAAACACCUGGUCGUGAGGGCCGCCAAGCCGGACGGCAAGGAGGGAGAACCCAUCGGACCCAAGAGGGGCACUAAGGUCAAGAUUCUGCGGCCAGAGUCGUACUGGUACAACAAAGUGGGCAAGGUCGUGUCUGUGGAUCAGACCGGGAUCCGUUACCCUGUGGUCGUGCGCUUCGACAGCGUGAACUACAUGGGCGUGAACACGAACAACUAUGCUCUCGAGGAGGUCGCAGAAACUUGA